CUUUUUUUCCUGCGUUUGAUCUCCGGAUUUGGUUCGCCUGCUUUUCUUGCUUUCGCUUCUUGGAAUGGUCGGGCAUUUUUUGUGAUUUUUGUGGGAUCUGAUGGUUUCGGUUCGUGCCAUUGGCGGUGGGUGGAGGACGUAGGAUUGGAUUUCGAUCUUUCUCCCUCCGAUGCGUCUAUCUUUGUUUCCUUUUUCGAUUUUUUAGGUCGAUUUUUUCUUGUUUUUAUGGCUUUUCAUCCUAGAUGGAGGUUUUUGUCAAAAACAACUUGUUUUGCUAUGUGCUGUUUGCCUUUGAAUGGGGUUUUCUCGUGAUCGGAUGAAGUGUGGGUCUAUGAUUCGAAUUUCUUCUGCAGUUUUUUGUGGUUUCCAGAGAUGCUGUUUAUAUCUGCUUUGCUCUCGUUUGCUUUGAUUCUGCGGUAGAUGGUUUUAUCUUGAAAUGUUGAAGUGAUAGAUUUUUAAAUGUAGGAUCAGGUUGAAUUUUAUUUAUUUAGAAUUUUUUAAGCUUUUCCACUGUAGCUGAGAGAUGUGAUCUUGGUCUGAUUGGUUUUGAUUUUGUGGUAGUUGAAUUUAUCGUCAUAUAUUUGCACUGUAUGUUUGAAUGUAGGAGCACAUUGAAUUUUGACGUCUUUCAAGAGUUUCAGUGAUGAUGUUUGAUGCCUACUUUGGUUACGGUGCAUUUGAUUUUCUGUUGGAUGGUUUUUCUUGAAAUGUUGGAGUCCUAGAUUUUUUAGAUCUAGGAUCCGAUUGAAUUUUAAUGUCUCUGGGAAUUUUAUCUUCCCUUAAUUGUUCCAUCAACUGUCGAUCAUCUCCCGAAGAUGAGGCAAAGGAACUUACCAUGACACAUGUCCUGAAAUCCAAGUUUUGGUUCCAGACUAUUUGUCGUAUUGUCUGGGCAAUGUUCGAUAAUCAAUCAUUGUGAAUUUGUCUGAAUGCGGAUUUGUGAAAUUUCUCGUUUUAGCUAUGUCAAAUGAUUUAAUUAUAAGUCAAUAGUGAAUGAAGUCUUUAAGAAUGAUUAGGUUUUUGCUCGGUAUUCAGUCAUUGAUGCCUUUGUAAGUGCAAUGUGGCUAAGCUGAUCUUGAUCAUUUGGUGUCAUUAUAGCUUGGCACACUUAUUGAUUACUGGUUGCUAUUGAAAUAUCUAGGUUUAUUGGCUAGUAGUAAAGAGAGUAUAAUCCCUUAUUGUCCUAGGCACAGCUUAUCAUUGCUUGGUCGUUAAUUUGAUAGAGUAGGUUGAGAUGCCUAAUAAUUGUUCAGUUUGGGUUGCACUAUGAUCAUUAUGUCAUGUACAUGUUAGGUCACUUACCUUUUUCUCUUUUUUAUUUGUACUGACUUCUGUUUUUCUUUAAUUAAUUAGAGUAUACCGUGUCGAAGUGUAUUCUUAAGUGUUUUUGGAUAUAGUUUUCAUUAAUGCUGAUGCUCAUUAUUGUCUCAGGCUUUCUUAUUUCCUGUUACUAAGUUCAUUUUAUACAAAUUUCAAUGCCAAUGGUGCUGCUUUUCAUUUUCACACCUCGCAAUUCUCUUGUAAUAAUUGAUUAAACCUGAGGACUAUAGGUGCGUAAUUUGACUCUUUAUUAUUGACAUGAAGAAUUUCAACGAGAUAAUUAACCUCAGCUGUCACAUCUCAUGGUUCACGCCAUAUUGGAAAUCCUGUGCAGAGCAUGGGCAGUCCCUUUCUUGGGUUAUUUGUCUAGCGUCUUUCACCUUCACACCUCCCACCUGUCUUCUUUCUUGCAGGAACAUAACUAGAAUAUUAGGCUAAAAGAGCUGGCCAAUUUUUUGGACUAAAAAGAUAAAACUAAAAACUUGUUAGCUAGUUUGAUCAUUUUGUAACUAAUUUUAGCAGAUAAUAUGUUGGUCAGAACUGAAGUUGAACUUCAUGGUCUUUGUUAACCAUUAUGGUUGCAUUGAGGUAACACUUAGAAUUUCUUUUUCUGUCGUUAGUUUUUUUUCAAGAAUACUGAAAAUGAAAGGACAUGUCCUGAAAAAGUAAAUUUACUGUUGCCUAUUUAAGAAGACUGGAUUAUAGUCUGGCACAUGAUUACAUUGAAGCUUGUAGUGACAGUGGAUAUAGCUCUAGGUCAGAGUGAGUCGAACAGUGAUUCCAAUAGGUAAAAGAUGUCCUCAUGUUUUUCUGUAUUCCAUGUUUGGUUACUUUCAAUUGCCAAUAUAUUAUUGGGGUCUGGAUUUUAAUUUAGAAGAUGGAAUAUCAACAAAUUGAUGCUUCCAGUGGAGAAACAACAGAAAUACUGAAUCUAAACACAAUCUGCAAUAUAAUAUUACACCUGAAUUUAGAGGCACUGGGGAGGGAUCUAGUUAUCUAAUGCCAAUGAUGUUAUCUUAGACCAAUAAACAACGAUGAAUGCUGAAAUGAGAAACUAUUUUUACUUUUCUAUAAUGUAAAAGAAAAGGAUGCUUAUGUGAAAUGGAGAUAUUUAAAUUCAUGGCUACAAGUCCGGCAGGUUAGUGACAUAUGAUCACUGAAGACCAGAAUGAGUGACAGAGAGCUAAAAGGGCAACAAUGGACUGCUAAAGAUGUGCCAAUAGUAUUUACGGCACUAUAAUUCUAUGGAAUGUUAUUUACUAUGUUUGGCAAGCACUUUGUAGUAUGGGAAAACUUCAAGUUAGAUGGGAGCAAUUGCAAGCUGUUAUUCUUAGGACUGUACUGUAAGAUAUGUUUUAUGAACAUACUAAGUCGAUGAAAGACAUUGUCCUCCAUGAGCAAGUUGGGGGGGGGGAGCUAGGUAGUGUUUUUGUUCAGUUUUUCUUUUUCUGAGAGGCAUUCUUCCAUUUUUUUGUAAAUCUUUACUUUAUGUGAAGUUGCAUCAGUUAUUAAGAAUGGCGUGUGUGCAUAUAAUGAAAUGUUCUCAUCCUUUACAUGCUUAUAUAAUUGAAAAGUGGGUUAGUGACAACAUAGUUAGCGUCGCAUGCGUUGAUAGUUAAAUAUGAUGACUUGGUCUGUGCCUUAUAUUAGUCCUCAUGAAUGUAGUCCUGGUUGGGGAACAAUACAUACAAUUAGGGAAGUCACGUGUACUUACAAGUAACAUAUGCUUACCUUGUAUAUUGGAGUUAAUUAUCUUCAGCAUUCUAAAUAUUGGAUGGAGUUUGCAAUAAACUGACUACAAAAUCCUGAUUUGUUGUGUAUGCGGUGGCAAAAUUGGCCCAUUUCAUUGUUUUUGUCUGUUCACUAGCAUCUGAUUCUGAGGUCAGGUCAUAAUUGCAACACUAUUUUGAGUGAGAAUUUGGUUUGUUGCCAAGUAUCUUUAGAUUUUUUAAUUGAUCUGAAUGUACCACAAUUUUACACAAUAGUAUUUUGACGUAUAUUGAGGGCCAUGUUGUCUUUGUAACUACUUGGCUUGUACAUCUGUCGUGGAGGGCUACUACAUCUGUAUGCCCAUGUAAAUGGGACCAACCUAUGUUCCAUAUGAAGCACACAAUACCCUCAUUUAAAUUUCUUUGCCACUGGCUCACAAUGGGAUGGGAGGGAGAGAUAAAAUGCAUAGGUGAUUUUUAUUAGCAUGUGCAGAUUUAGCACCACAUAUCUUGCAGAGAGUUUGUUGUGCAUAUGCCAAUGAUAAUCUUUUUCUUUGAGAAAGGAAAUAAGAAUUAAGGAAAGUGCAUAAUUCUUUUUGUUGUGCUUGGAUUACGUUCUUGGUAUUACCAAGGUCCUACUUCUGUUGAUAGGCAUAGUGUACAUUAAUUAUUCAUAUUUUAAGUAAGCAUGUUUGUACACAUUUAAUCUGAUGCUUUAAUUUAAUAUCCAGGGUGAUAGUAUUUAUUCUUUCGGUGACACCUGGGGGUGAUCUCUGCUACAAGACUGUUGGCAUUUAAUGACAGGAGAAUGGAGAAUAAUAUAAAUUCUGCAGAAAUUGCAGAAGAAAAACCAUACUAAAUAUCAGAGAAGGAACUACGUGAGCUUGACCACGUAUUCUUAUGCUCCUUUUACAACUAGACUAUGGGAAUAUCAGCAUGUUGCAAGGACUGCAUGAUUGAAUCUUCCAGCUAUUUAUCUGUUUCUUGAACCAAAAUGACACUUGAAGAUUUUUUCACUCUUACUGAGAUGAAGGAUGGGCUUUCAAAUCUUGCGAGAGUUGAAGAGCUAAUUUCUAUGCUUCAAAAGCUAAAAGAUUGCAUUGCAAACAAUGCUGGUGAUGCAGCAAGACAAUGGUCAACUGCUGUAAGCACCUUAGCAGCCACAGGAAGCAAGGGAUGUCUUGAUCAUUUUGUUCAGUUAAAUGGGCUGAGUUUUCUAAAUCAGUGGCUUCAGGAAGCUCAGAAGUGCAGUAUCGAUGCCAAUGACGGUGUUCUGAAAGAAUUGAUAAUUAAACUGUUAGCAUUGCUUGAAAAGCUUCCAAUCAACAAUGAAAAGUCAAAUGCUUCUGGGGUUGGAAUUACUGUUGAACAGCUCCUUGGUCACAAUGACCUUAAAAUCAAGGAAAGAGCAAAAAUUCUGUAUAAUAAGUGGAAGCAUGCAGAAAAUACUGAGGGGAGUUGCAGUGAUUCUGAGAAAGGCGAAAGAAGUCAUAUUGAACAACCUAAACCUUCAGAUAGUGCACAGAUUAUUGAAGAGGGCACGCCCUCUAUAUAUCCUGUUCUUGAUAUUUCUGCAUCCGAAGGAGGAACUGAUGAAGGGAGUUGUAAAGUAGAAUCAGCAGGGACUGAAUCCCACCAAUCAGAUGUUACCAGAUGCUCAGCCAGUUUACAGAAACCUGAUUCUGCUAUCAGUGAGAGAACUUAUGUUCAAAAUCAAACUGUGCCUGCAACCUCUUCAACCUCUGCUGAUGCAAAUGUGACUUUAGGAGAUGCCAAUUCAUCGGGGUCAUCACUUGUUUCAAACUCUUGUCAGGAGACAUUAUCUGCUACGGAAGAGUCUUCUGUUUGUCCUGCUGCAGGAUUGCCCUCCUCUGGCACAUGCAGUUCACAAUUUGCUAGGGGAGGAGGAGAUCAACCCAAUGUAUCAGUGUCAAAGGAUGCUUCUGCUGCAGCUGGUGUUAAAGAGAUGGAGGUGAAUACAGUGGAAGAGAACCUAUCUGAAUCUGGUCAGAUGGAAAUAUGCAAUGUUCCACCAUCUUCCAGUUUAUCUGCUUCUGCAUCUGAAGUGAUUGCUGCAGCAGAACCCACUGUAUUUUGCAAUUUAGAUUCUAGUAGGAAUGAAGCUCAUCCAUCAGAGACGGUGGGACCUGAGCCAAAGACUGGGGGUGGUGCCUGCAGGAUGCCAAAUUGUUUGGGCAAACAGGUUGCACAUGUCACAAAGGGUUUUCAAGAUCUAUAUGGUAAAUCAUGCAUAAUUGGAAAGCUAGAUGGUUCUGUUAAUUCUCAACAGAGGGAGGAAGAUGUCGAAAGUGAUGGUGGCAUUAAAAAUCUUGGCAGCGAGGUUGAUUUGAAGGUAAGCAAAGGUGUGGUGUUCCCCUGUCAUUCUUCCAAAGCAAAGGAGACCAAAGCAACUGGGAUUCCCAACCAAAAGUCAGAUUUGGGCCUUGAAUAUGAGAUCGAUGCAUUAGAAGUUGCAAGGCAAGUUGCUAUAGAAGUGGAACGGGAAGUUGUUGACUAUAGAGAACCUUUUAGCAGCUCUCCUGAGGUCAACUCUGGAGAGAUGAUGGGUGCCCAUAGCCCUGAUAUUGAAGAAGGAAAGCAGGAUCAAUCAGUGAUCAGUAAAGCAAAUGGAAAUAAAUCACCAUCUCGUGAAAAAGAUCAUUCUGGUGAUGCCUCUUCUCCUAAGGAAGAUGGUUCAGGAAUCACGGAGAAUAUUAUUAGCACUGAUCCUGAAAAACCUGAGCAAGAUUUAGAAACAAGUAAGUUGAAUUUCCCUGUCCAAGAACCAGUGGGCAAGUUGGGUGGGAAUAGAUGCAUCUUUGAUCUGAAUGCAAAUAUUUGUGCUGGGGAAUCUGAUUGCUUAAUGAAGCCCAUCCAUGGGGUGCCAGUCAAUGUGUCUGCACCUAUAGCUGUUGUUGCUGCUCCAAAAGGGGCUCCAGGAUUGCCAGUUACUCCUCUCCACUUUGGAGGUGAGCUGGGAUGGAAGGGCUCUGCUGCCACAAGUGCUUUUCGGCCAGCAUCCCCUCGAAGAACUCCAGAUAGUGAAAAGACACAUUCAAGCCCGAAACAGAAACCAAACUUCCUUGGGAUUGAUCUGAACGUGGCUGAAAGUGAGGAUGAUGCGGUUAUUGAACCAUUAUCUGUGAAACAAUUACCUGCUUCCUCUGGCUUGCCUUCUGGGGAUUCUUCUAUGGAAGUCAGUUCGGGACGAGCAGAAAGGCUGAUGUUGGAUCUUAACCGCCUUGGGGAUGAGGAUGCACCAGCCAAUUUAUCCUCCAAUUUGAAGAUCCAUCCCCAGAGUGGGGAUCGGAGCUUCUCUUCUCCAUCAUCAUCAUCUUCAAGACAGACUUCCAUGAGAGACAUUGACUUGAAUGAUCACCCAUCUUUUGUUGAUGUUGGUGGUUCACGCAACUUUGAUAAUCCAUCUUGCAAGGCCUGUGGCACAUCUGGAGGAUCAAAACUAAAUGAACCUGUUAUUACAAUCAUGGGUGCAAGAGUCCCUGUUGAAAGGAAGGAUUAUGUCAACCAAGUUCAGCAUGCCUUUCUGGGGGCCGGACUGAAUAUGAAGUCUGCAAUGGCUGCUAGACCGGUGCUGCCUUACUCUCACAUGCCACCGCCUGCUUAUGGGUAUAAUGGACUUGGGACAGGGCCAACCAUGUCUUUUCCUCCAGCAUACUAUGGACCUGGGAACAUUCCUUACAUGGUGGAUUCUAAAGGAGUUCCUGUAACACAUGUUAUGGAACCAGGACUGAAUGGUGCACCAUCAGCAAGGCCGCCUUUUCUUAUGAGUGUACCUAAUGCACCUGCAAGUUCAAAUUCGUAUGGGAUUUUCCAACCUGGUCUGGAUUUGAAUUCUGGGAUGCUGUCAGUAGAGGGUGGGGGCAGGGGAGGUGGAAGUUUUAAGCAAUUCAUUUGGCAAGGGCAGAAUGGUUUGAUCGAAGAACAAAUGAGGACUUCAUCACAGCCUUCUAGUUCAGGAAUGACACCGAAACGGAAGCAGCCAGACUCUGGGUGGGAGCCACCUCAUGCUUAUGGUUACAAACAGGUGACAUCAUGGCAAUAGCUUUUUUCCCCUCUUAAAUUUUCAUCUCUAGGCAGCUUGGUCAUAGGACUUGCCUUCAUUGGUCCUUGAAGGUGGUGGGCCAAUUCAACCAUGUGAGAAAGAUAAAAAAAAAUUUAAUAAUGCUGGUUAUAGAUGUUUGAUGGAAUUGAAAAAUGUAGGUUCAGUUGUUUACAUGCCUGUUCUUUGUUGUUGAUUGAUUAUAGAGGCAAUUUCAGCUGGUGGAAGCUGAAUUCAUGUAUAUCUUAUAAAUAUUCUAACAUAGUGAAGGGAGUCGUUGACUUUUUUGGAAUUUGGUUAUUAUUGGUGUAUAUGAUAUUAAAUUUUUUUGCCA